AUGGCUGCGUGCGUAUACAUAAAACACAAAGAUCAGUGUAAAGUACUGAUCGCGAAGACCAAACUACCUUCACUGAAAGGAAACCACACCAUACCAAAGCUCGAAUUGAAUGCACUUACCCUAGCAGCCAGACUGACCCUUUCGUCCUAUAAAGAGUUGCGAGAAGUCACUACCUCAAGGCAAGUUCAACAACAACAACAUCACGGUACACUUCGGAUACAUUCCGCACCAACAUCAAACCCAUCAGAUUGCGCAAGCCGUGGAUUAACAGCCAAAGAGCUUCAAAGUCACAUCUGGUGGGAAGGACCCGACUUCCUAAAGGAAAAUCCAGAAAAGUGGCCUCCGGAAACGCGAAUCUUUGAGUUUCCGCAAGAAAACCAGCAUCCUACACAUAGCAGCAGAUCAAUCAAGCACAUUUCCGUGGGAUAG